AUGCAGGGCGGGAAUAAUUCUCAGCGCGCGCAUGAUGGCAUGUACUACACAGAGCUGCGGCUUCCGACCAUACCCGAGGAAGUAGAGCCAAGAGACGCGGACGGCGGAUCGCAGUCCUCGUUUGAGUCGCAGGCGUGGCACACGUGGCCCGAUUCGCCGUUGACGGCGGUGUCUGCCGGCGAGGGCGCGGAGAUGCGGACCAUGGUGGACGAGUUGGUGGAGAUGUACCAUGCAGAUGUGCGCCACCGCGAUAUGCACGCGCGGUUCAUCCGCGAGUACGUGCAGGCGCUCGAGAGCCAGUACGAGUUUGACUCGGUUGUCAUGGCGCCGUUGCAAUACCUACAGUCCAUGAUUCGGCCUUUGCGCGAGGUGGUGAACGGGACGGGCAGCGCGGGCUGCCGCGUGCGCGGCGAGCUGCCCGUGUGGUGGGGCUGCAACAACGAGGAGAACUGCCCACCGCCACUACUGUGA